AUGAAUACCAAAAAAAAUUUUGUGAUGUUUUUUCUUGUAGUGGUACUAGCAACAUCGUCGUUGUCCAACUCAAAUGUUUUAGCCUCACCGGUGAUGUUGGCAAAUCCAUUGUCCAAUUCCACCGAACUGGCUUCAUCGGGCGUCGAGGCAACGCCAUCUCAGGUUCACAUUUGCUAUAAACGUUGUUCACGAACUUACGGAGUUUAUCAAUGCUACGAUGACUGUCUAAGCAAAGAUUAUGAUAAUGGAAAUUGCGAGUAUAACGGACUUUGUUGCUGCACAUAAUGAUAAAAAGUCGUCACCUUUCUAGUAAU